CUCGUCCCCGUGGGAGGAUGGGGGAGCAUCUUUACACAUCUGCAUCCGCCAUCUUCUUUCUUCAAAGUACAAUGCCCUCCAUUACGAAAUACGUUUGGAGUAUCUUGCUUGGUCAUGUCGGCGAAAAUGCGCAUCCUCUGCAUCCCGCGGUUGUGCAUGUUCCAGCUACCCUGUACCCUGUCGCAUUUGCCAGUGAUGUUGUAGGGCUUUUUAUGGACAGGUUUCCGCCUGUGCUCUCUUUUGUAACCUCUAGGGGCCUUUACGCAUUUAGUUAUUAUGCAACGGCUGCUUCCCUCAUCUCAACCAUCCCAGCUGCAUUGACUGGCUUUGCGGAGUUCUUCACCAUCAAUAAGGAGAGGAGCCCGGAGGCAAACCGGACCGCAUAUUGGCACGCAGGACUGAACAUUAGUGCUGUUGCGAUUGCAUUGUUCAACUUCCUUACCAAGCGUCAAACGGUGGAUUUUGCCCCUUACAAGUUCAACAUCUUCCUGUCAGGUGUAGGACUGACGGGAGUCUUGUACAGCGUGUACCUGGGCGGAACGCUGGUAUACAAACAUGGUGUUGGAGUCAGAAGAAUGGGGGAAGGAAAAAAGGCCAAGGUUAUCGAAGGCAAUCCAAACUACGACCUGGACUCUGAGUUGGGUGUGCCUCAAGUAGGGAAAGGUUGCUGUUGACUUGAAAACAGGGCUUGAAUCGUGCAGAUUUCAAUAGUCUCGCAAAACUAUCCAUUUUACAAUGUGCCCAUGUGUAGUAGUUAAAAAAACAAUUGACUGCAACUCCUCACCUAC